UCAGAAGUCAAAUAAGAUUGGUGAGUGAAUGGACCGAGGUAGGCAGGGACAAACAGAUUCAAAUAUUUGAACGCUUAAACGACUGCGUUUCAGCGACUUCCAAACGAACCCUAAUCUACGAAAUCCACGUUCUUCACCUAAAAUCCGAACCCGCAACCAGUGGAAUCGGGUCAACGAUCGGGAAAUGGGGGUGACGGCAAAAAUCGCACCAUCGAUGCUCUCAUCGGAUUUCGCGAAUUUGGCAUCGGAGGCGGAACGCAUGCUCAAUUGCGGUGCUGAUUGGCUACACAUGGAUAUCAUGGAUGGGCACUUUGUUCCAAAUCUAACUAUUGGUGCUCCAGUAAUUGAGAGUUUGAGAAAACACACAAAGGCAUAUUUGGAUUGCCACCUUAUGGUUACAAAUCCUCUUGACUAUGUUAAGUCUUUCGGUAAAGCAGGGGCUUCUGGAUUUACAUUUCAUGUUGAGGUAUCCAAAGAAAAUUGGCAAGAACUGAUCCAGAAAAUCAAGUCAAACGGCAUGAGGCCUGGUGUAGCAUUAAAACCUGGAACUCCUAUUGAAGAAGUUUAUCCCUUGGUUGAAUCUGAAAAUCCUGUGGAAAUGGUACUUGUGAUGACCGUGGAACCUGGAUUUGGUGGACAAAAGUUCAUGCCAGAUAUGAUGGAUAAGGUAAAGACAUUGAGGAACAAGUAUCCAUCCCUUGAUAUAGAGGUUGAUGGUGGUUUAGGGCCUUCGACAAUUGACAUGGCUGCUUCAGCAGGUGCAAACUGCAUUGUGGCAGGAAGUUCAGUGUUUGGAGCCCCUGAGCCAGCCCAUGUAAUAUCACUUAUGAGAAAGAGUGUUGAGGAAGGUCAGAAAUAAAAUUGAUAUUCACACAGGCAAAAUACACCAUGGCUGGAUUGUCAGCGAUAUAUGCCUAUAAAGAUUGUACUCUUUUUUUUUUUAUAUUGGAAUUUACUCCUAUGAUUUUGGUCGUUAUCAACUCAUGUCCACAUCACUCUCUGACUUCCACGCAACUUUGUAUCACAAUGACCCGCAAAAGGCCUUUAUUAAGGUCUGAAUAAAAUGAUACAUGUCGUGUGAAACUUGUGGUUGUGGAUCGCAAUUCUCCAAUAAAAUCUAUCUUUUUGCUUAAUCA